CUUUGUGGCAACGACUUGACGACGAAGAAGUUAACGCCACACCGAAUUCUCAGCUUAACUGCUCCAAGCCGAAUACCACCAUAAAUCACCCAUCAUGGACAGGUUAAACCGAAUGCUGGCCUCGGCUGGUAAUAUGGGUGGUCUCAACAGCGCUGCGCCUGGAUCUGAUAAUACAAAUCUCAUCGACAACUCCGAAACCGUUUACAUCUCCUCCCUUGCGCUCUUGAAGAUGCUGCGACACGGCAGGGCGGGUGUGCCGAUGGAAGUUAUGGGUUUGAUGUUGGGAGAAUUUGUGGAUGAUUUCACAGUCCGAGUAGUAGAUGUGUUUGCCAUGCCGCAAAGUGGAACGGGAGUCAGUGUCGAGGCAGUUGAUCCUGUUUUCCAAACAAAGAUGAUGGACAUGUUACGACAAACGGGACGGCCUGAGACUGUUGUUGGCUGGUACCAUUCCCAUCCUGGUUUCGGUUGCUGGCUUUCCUCCGUGGAUAUCAACACACAACAAUCCUUCGAACAAUUGACACCUCGAGCCGUUGCCGUGGUUGUUGACCCCAUCCAAUCCGUCAAGGGCAAGGUUGUCAUCGAUGCCUUCAGACUUAUCAAUCCACAAUCUCUUAUGCUUGGACAAGAGCCACGCCAAAGCACUUCGAACUUGGGUCACCUGAACAAGCCUUCCAUUCAGGCGCUCAUCCACGGCCUCAACAGACAUUACUACAGCAUUGGUAUCAACUACCGGAAGACCGCCCUCGAAGAAAAUAUGUUGAUGAACCUCCACAAACACGUCUGGACGGAAGGACUGCAAAUGGAAGAUUUCCGGGUUGAGGGAACGCGAAAUUCAGAGCGGUUAAAGAAGCUUGUUGGCCUCGCGGAGGGAUAUGAGAAGAGAGUCAAGGAGGAAACAGAGUUGACUAAGGAUCAAUUGAAGACAAGAUAUGUCGGAAAAGUCGACCCCAAGAAGCACCUGGAGGACGUUGGACAGCAACUAAUCGAAGACAACAUCGUAUCUGUGUCAAGACAGAUGAUCGACAAGGAAGCUUCAGCUCCAAAAGAGAAGUCUGGUGCGAACGGGCAUGCAAAUGGGGAUGCCAUGGAUGUGGAGGAGGAACUAUAAUGACAUCAGCAUCACAUUGUACAAUAGGCGUUGGGCUUGGUGAUCACCGCUACACGGCAAGAGCUACUACAGGCAAUCCGUCGGGGCGUCGGAUUCUAGAGUCAAUACUAGGCGGCUUCUGCAAAGAUUUUGAAACUGCUGCAGCGUGAAAUGGGAAUCUGGCUGGUUGAGUAUGUCUUCUUUUGAAACAAUGUCUACUGACUCUGUCUUUGCAAACUAGGAAUUUACUUUGGUC